UUUUGACGUGUUCAUUUUUGUUGUUUUUAUUUCCACAACAAAACAAAAGAAUAAAAAACUUGUUUAUAAAAUUUUCCACUUUGCUAUUUUCAUUUAAAACAAAUCACUUGUUUAAAACAAUGAUAACCAUUAAACAAAAAAAUAUUGCCACAACAUAAAAUGCUUCUAAAAAUACGUCACGGUAUUUUGGAAAUAACAAACCAUCCAAACACCCGAAAAUCAGCAAUAAUCAUUAAUGAUGAAAUCAUCCUAUCAUCUGGGACAAUUCUUGCACCAUAUAUCCGUCCUGUGGAACCAAAUGGACAAUGUGCCUCCUCAAAAAUAAUCGAAACUCUUCGAAAUGACUCGCUGGUCAAUGUCCAGGAAGAUAACAAUGACUCAAAGUUCCUUAACUCUUUGAAUUAUCAAAUAACCUUUGAUCGUAAAGGCUUAGUUAAUCAAUCACAAAUCUUUACACGCUAUAGCGCCAAGCUACUUUACUUAUUUAGUUGCAACGAAGUGUCUCGAUAUAUUCAACAUAUUUGCUCAACAGGUGGCCAAAUUGAUGACACAUCGAAAGAAUGCUUCCUAAGUAGCUUUGUUGUACUUUCAUUUAGAAAAACAAAUGACAAAGAAAUCUUAGAAAGAUUCAUUAGCCAGAUUAAGAAUUAUCUACGAUUUCUUUACAAAGCUCAAAAGUUGGAUGAUAUUCUCACAAUUUGUACUCCAUUUGGACUGGAGGAGUUCUAUAAAACCAUUCACAUUGGAAAGAUUUCAAAUUUGAUCAAUUCAAAUGGAAGUUUAUUUGUAUUGUCGAAUAAUCUCCCAAUUGGAUGCGAAGGUGCCGCUGUUUUCAAUGAUAAACUGCGACUUAUUGGAAUGAUUAUAUGCACAAGUUUCCAAAGACAAAAUGAGAAUGUUAACCUAACAUUGGCCGCCAGCUUUUCUCAUAUCCUGAUAGACUUUAUGAAGAAGUUAGGAAUUAGUGUUUCAUCCAUAGCAGUGCCACCAAAGAUUUCCAGUUUUCAAUGGGAACGCAGCAUUGUUGUUGUGAUGAUAGAUGACAAACAAUGUACUGGCACUCUUGUUAAAAUUCUAAAUAAGACUUUUGUCCUUACCUGUUCUCAUGUUAUUGAAGACGACAAUUCAACAAUAACAUGUCGAAGUGCAUAUGGAAAUUUCGAAGCUAAUUUAAUUUGGAAAAAUCCCAACUUUCACAAACCAUUCGAUGUGGCACUUCUCAAACCAAGCUCAAACAUUCCCAAUAAGUAUUUCGUUAAACUCUCCCCCAAUAGACCUCAUCCUGGUCAGAUGGUUUACAAUGCUGGAUUUCCCUUCUUUAUUAAAUUUGAUAAUAAGCAUGAUUUUAAUCCUUCAAUAUUCCAAGGGAGAAUAAUCAAAUACACACCUGGGGCAAUAAUGUCAGAUGGUUGUGUUCAAGCUGGACAAAGUGGUGGACCAAUGUUCGACGAAAAUGGUUGCAUAGUUGGAAUUUGUGUUUCCAAUUUAAAAGAGGAUAACGUUAUCUAUCCGAAUUGUAAUACGGCAGUACCUAUAAAUGAUAUCAGGCAGACAUUAGAACAAUAUGCAAGAACUGGAGAUUUAACAGUGUUAAAUAAUUUGGUAACAAAAGAUUCAAUGGUCUUGAACUCAGAUCCAAUGCAAAUUCAAAGUAAACUUUGAAUAAAACACAAACAUAUCUUGUUAUACCCCUACAAUGUGAUACACAAAAGUUAAACGAUAAGCAAUAUUAUGCAACGGUUUUUUUUAUAUAUAUUUUCAAUAUUUAUGUUAACAAAUUCUGGUUGGUGAUAAAAAAAUAUAUUUUAAGCAAAAUCCAA